AUGCGUUUACUCCGUGUACUCCGGAUGAUGACGUCAUCACUUCUAUUACUCUUCUAUUUACACCCACCACUUCAUGCCUACAGUACCACUUUCUCUCGACUCGAACCUGUCUCAACACGUCUGAUUCUAGGCUCUUCAUCCUCAUCUGGCUCUUCUUCGUCGUCCUCCUCGACUCAAAGAUGUUACAGUUGUAUGUCGAGAUAUUACGGUGCCACGUGGCAAUUCGCUGGUUAUUCGAGAAUCUAUCAGGAGCCGAGAGCAUUUACGGAUCAUUGCAGAGAUCCCCAAGCUCGCGGAGCAGACGUUCCAUCCACUUAUUGUGAAGAAAAAGCGAACUGUGUUACAUUGAUUGAAGAAUUAAAAAUUGGAACCGGUGCAAGGGGAUAUAUACGAGGGUGUUGGGGAUCUGUACUUCUUUUUGGAUUCAAUCGAACUGGUACAGUCGGCGCACUGGCUGAACACUCCUUCUGUCAUACAUUCAAUCUAACCCAGCUUGUUAGCGGUGGUCGCCCGGAAGAGUCGUCUAUCAAUGUCUGCUCGUGCCGUGGAUCCCUUUGCAAUGGUUCAACAAUCAACCCAUCAUCUUCCAAAUUCACAAUUUCUCAUAUUUUACUUGCCAUUCUCAAUGUGAUAUUUAUGUCACUCAUUUUCUGA